AUGUUUAUUGGACAGGAUCGGACAGGAAAGACAAGUCUCAAAAAAUCUCUAAAGGGAGAAAAGUUUAAUGCAAAGGAACCCAGUACGGUAGGAAUAGACACUGACCCCAACUACUUUCAUAUUUCUACUGAGGUUUGGAGAACUGGUGAGAAGGACAAUGUAACUGAACCCAUAUCGGAGGUUUUGUUUGAGCGUCACGUUGCCAAGUAUAUUUGUGGGGAGUUAAAAACAUCUCCAAGCACUGAAUCAUUGCUUACUGAGUCCAAAUUAAGUGAAAAACGUAGUCGUCCACUCAAAGAAGAGGUGCCAGACAGCGGAGCAUCAUCGUUAGGAACAACGCUGCAAAAUGUUGCAAGCACAAGUAGCACUGAACCAUUGGUAACAGACGUAAGGGAAAGGGCAAAAAUGUUUAGUCAUCCGCUCGAAGAAAAGGUACCAGAUAGCAUAGCAACACUGGUCGAAAGAAUGCUGCAAGAUGAUGAAAAGGCUCAAGAAGAAGACGAAGUCUUUUCUAUUAUUUGGGAUUUUGGUGGACAGUCAGUCUACUAUGCUACCCAUCCAAUAUUCUUGACCCAGAGUGCCAUCUACAUUUUAGCUUGUGACCUAAGUCGCAACCCGUACAAAAAAGCUGACACUCUCGUCAGACAAGGGCUUUUUAAGACCCAAGAAGACUCUUGUUGCAACAAGACAAACCUAGACUACCUUGACUUUUGGCUGUCAUCAGUGUAUUCGUUGGUUGGUCCAGAUGCUAUUGGCCAGGACACCUCUCCGUCAGAAACCACAACUGCGAGGUUGCCUCCAGUGUUUUUCGUGUGUACUCACGCCGAUGAACCCUACUAUAGUGCCACUGAUCCUAGAGGUUUGGCACUCGAUAUCUUUGGAUUUCUAAGAACCAAGCCUUAUAAAAGCCAUUUGUUUGAGGACGUCUUUGUUGUCGACAACACGAAGUCAGGAAGCGAAAAUGAGUGUCCAGAGGUAGUGCGCCUAAGAGAGAAGUUACGUUCCGUUGCCCAAAGUCUUCCUCAAGCAAGGGAAGCUAUUCCAUUGAAGUGGUUAAGGUUUGAACAUAUCCUCCGGGUUUUACGUGAAAAGCAUUAUAAAUGGAUGACCAUUAAUGAAGCAAGGCAGAUUGCCACUGAUAAUUGCGGAAUCUACGACGAUGAACAGUUUAGGACGAUGCUUAACUUUAUGCACGAUCAAAAGAUUCUAAUUCAUUUCAACAAAACACCAGAAUUGAACAACAUGGUGAUUUUGGACCCCCAGUGGCUCAUUAACAUCUUCAAGGAAGUGAUCACCGUUAAGCGUUACGAGCCUACAGAAGGCAACGUUGAACAGUUUUUGCUUAAGCUGCAGGACACUGGAAUCUUAGAUGAAAGGCUGUUGGAUCACAAGUGGAAAUCUGUGAUUGAUAUGUACAGUAAAGAAACCUGUGGGAGCCUUAUAGCGAUAAUGGAGAGAUUCAGCUUGCUCUGCCCCUGGCCAUCUGAAGGAAAACACAAACAGUACCUGGUGCCAUCCAUGUUGAUGUCGCCCCCUUCAGACGACCUUGUUGAGCUCCUUUCCUCUGUGAGAAUCCCUUCUCUUUUUGUGAGGUUUGAAUUAGGCCGAGUGCCUCCAGGCCUGUUUACGCGACUUGUACUCCAGUUCUAUCAGUGGUGCAAUGAAGAGUGGAAGAGCCCGAUACAACCCCAACUGUUUAGGAAUUUUGCUCGCUUCCACAUCCUUCCUGAUCAGGGGAUGUCUGUUAUUAUUUUGUGCCAUUCCUCGUCUAUUGAAAUAGCCCUUCACGUUGGAAGCGACUUUUCUGGAUCGAUGACGGCAGAUUUCACUGAUCAUCCUUCUGAUCCGACUACAGGUCGUGCAAUUCAUUGGCAACUCAGGAUGAUUCUCGAGUUGAUGCGCAGCGAGUUUAGCUGGCUGAAGAACAUGAGGUAUGGAAUAUGCGUUAGCUGUCCUGUGUGUUCACAGAAAGAUUCUGCCAGGUGUCGUGCUCAUGAUGUGCGUGGCUGUGAGUGCCUUCACCUACUGUCAGAAUCCGAGCUUCAGAGUUGUCCAUUCUGCACCCGACCUGGUUUGCGUGGAGAUUGCAGAAUUCGCAUCAAACUUUUUGCAACUUGGUUUUCAUUUACAAGCCCACAGGAAAGCCGGACUCUAGUUCACCAGGUUGGUCUCUAUCUUUUGCCAUCAUUAUGUAGAAUUUAUACAAUUCACGAGUCCGGGGCGGAUCUAGAGGGUGGGUACAGGGGGUGCGCACCCCCCCCCCGAGAUGACCUUCGGUUUUCUAAUACAACUGGUAUUCUGCCAAAAAAAAAAACUAUGUGGUUUAUUGGUGUUGAAGUAGAGCAAGAGACGAGUACACCCCCUCCUAAAAAAAAUCCUGGAUCCGCCCCUGCGAGUGUGUUGUUCUCGAAUACUACUACAACUACUACAAGACUAUCUUCAAAUUCUUCAAUAUACAAAAUUAACACAUAGGCUAUUUCAGGCAGGGUAGACUGCAUAAAUUAUAUCUUGUUACUUUGAUCCUAACUAUUUUAAGCAAAAGGUAUCAUCAUCAUUAUUAUCUAGUAAUACAACUAAAUAGUUAUUGGAAAAAACAUAAUUAUACUAUAAGGCAACAAAAAAAAGGGGGGGUGGUCUCCAAACUGUACAUUCUUCAUUCUUUCAUUGUUAUUUUCAAGCAACAAGGUGCAUCUGGAUGUGAUGUGGGAGAACUGAAAAGCUGUAUAACUUACCAAGAAGGCAAGAGCACUUAGAUCAGUUGUACUUUUUAAAUCCUGUGUUUUUUCGUAUCUAUUCUUUCUUUUAAUUCAAUUUAUAAUUGCAGUCACUUGAAGUUUUCUGUUGUAACAUGUUUCUUUAAUUCCUAGAG